GGUCGCAUGCAAUCCUUGAAUAUUCCGCCCGUUCUGAUCCUUUCUUUCCGGAAACGUACUUGAGUCAUGAACUGCAGAUAAGUUCCCAUCCUAUCCACUUUUUUGUAGGAAGCUAUCCACUUGUUUAUUAUUGCUUUAUCUCUCCACACUAUUUAUCAGUGAUAGUAUUGGUUGGAUUUUUGUGUCGAGGAUCCAUUCACACCUCUCAAGUCUCAACCAAAAGCGUACUGCCGGUGGUUUCCGUUCCUAUCUCUGGCGAGCUUGGUUCCUCCCGACUCUCCCCUCUCGUGCUCCUGGUGGCCGUCCUCUUAUUUUGCUGGUCGCUUCGUGUUCGUGGUGUAGGGCUCUGUGGGCGGCAGUCGCUUGCUUCAUUUGGGCCGGUUCCCGUCGACUUGGAGGUAACGAGUGUAGUGUGAUCAUCCAUGGGGAAGAAAGGUAUAGUGGUGGCGACCACCGUCGUCGCCGUGAUGACUGUCAUCUUCGGAGUCAUCAGCGCGGUUUUCUUGGGACAGAGACGCUAUGAGGAUGACCACGAUGACCGCAGCGUGUGUAAGUACGAGCAAUCGCCGGCGACGGCUUGCGGCGUCGUGGCGGCCGUGCUGGCGCUAACGACACAGGUUCUCGCCAGCGUGGCCAUCGGCUGCUGUGGGGCAUGGCAGAAUCCCAAGAGGGCCAAUCGCAUCGCCGCCGUCGUUUUCUAUGUCAUCUCAUGGAUCCUAGCGAUCAUAGCGGUGCUAGCUUUCCUGGGAGGCGCCCUAUUAGGGAUUGAAGGAUCUAUGGAGAAAACUAUUGGGAAUAGUAGUUGUGUCGGAGGUGUCGGAGGUGUUGCAGUUUUCGUGGAAGCGACAUUUCUGUUUCUUGUAGUUGUCGCCCUUGUGGUCUCCUCGUAUCUUCUUAUUCAGAGAAAUGACCACCACGAAGCAACCGCGGGCAAUAAUCCUCCUUUGGUACCAACCGCUACAUCUCCUUCGGCACCAACAGCUACAUCCAAAGACAGCGCCUACGCUUCUACUCCUGCGCCAGCAAAUCAAGUCUGAAGUUAGCUCUGCCACUAUGCAACAGUUGUCUUUGCCUUCCAAAAGGAGGAACAUGCUUUCUGCACGUCGUAAGUGGAAGGCACUCGUUGCGGCCUUCCAUUCCAAAAUACUUGGUGGUUUUAGUUCAAAUUCAAACUAAAACCACAACAAGUAUUUUGAAACGGAUGGUGUACAUGCUUAUCAUUUCUUACAUACAGCAUUAAAUUGUUUUCGUAAUAUGGGUUUGAGGGCUUCUUUUUAUCAUAUGGAUUGUACAUUUUUCAUACACGGUAGAAACAUUUUUCUAUACUUGUUUACAUUUUUCAAAUAUAUGAUUAAUAUUAAUUUAGCUA